AUGCAAGAUACUUCCCAAUAUGAUGAUUAUGACUGUAUUAAUUUCGAUGAUGAGAUAGAUUUCUAUCACGUCCCAAGGCCUAAAGAUAAAGAAAAACGAUCAACUACAUCUUUCCAAAUCCGUCGAAGGCCGAAAACAACUGAAUCAAGAGAUACAACGUUCCAGCUUGAAUUACCACCAAUGUCAAAAAGCACGACACGUAAAAAUAGUUCACUUCCGGCUAGCGCUAAAAGAAUUCCACCACCAAGACAGUCCCACUUAAUCCAGUUACAAACUCGCUCUCCAAAUAAGACCUACAUAGUCUCCGAUGGUAAAUCUAUUAUGGUGACUCAGCUCCGUGCUCCAGUAAUUCCCGUUGAUAAACCUGUUGAAAAGAAGAAGGUAACUCAGAAGCAACAGGACGCUCCUAACUCAGCAAAUAUGCAAGAAUUACUUGACGAUUUCAUGAAAAACAAGAAACUUGAGGAUGAAUCAAUGGCUUAUCCUUUAUCUAAGUUUGCUAAAGUACAAUUGGAUAAAGCAAUUGAAGAAGAUGAUUACCAACGUGGUGAAGAGUUCCAUAAAGCAAUACGUUUGCUUAACAGAAUUGCAUUUCCAGCAGCGCCACCAACUCCAAUCGUAACUACUAGCGAAAGAAUAGCCAGUGCUACACGCGAAAUUGACAUGCUUAAUAAGAAGCAUGAUGAGCGCCUGGAAGCAUUCCAUAAUGACAGGCAGAAAAUAAAUGAACAAAGAAAAUCUCGUCAGGAACAAGAGAUUGAGAAUAUGACAAAUUAUUUAGGAACAAACAAAUUCCUAAUGCCAUUCCAAAAACCAUCAGGCGUAUUACUCAACGAAAAAAGGAAACAAAAAGAAUCAGCCAAAAUCGGAGAUUUCGAAAAAGCAAAGAAUCUUAAGCGAAUUACAGAUCAAAUGUCUCAAGAUGAGACUGAACAAGCUAAACAGAGAGCUCUUACUCGCGCAGAGAAUAUGCAUCUUUCUCUUGUAGAGAAACAUAGCAGAGAAGAAGACUGCGCGAACCAGAAUGAAGAGAGACUGAGAAUGACGCUCGAUAUGGAUAGAGAGGCCGAUAUUGAGCCUAUUAGAAAGAGAAUAGAACAGCUCGAGAGAGGCGUACACCCUCCUCUUUAUGUUUUCUAA